AUGCGCAACGAUACCGAGCUCAACCCUCCCGCCGUCGCCAACUUUGUCCGAGGAGAGCUGGCCCGCAGCUUGCGAUCACGAAGCCCCUACACAGUCAACCUGCUCCUUGGAGGCAUCGAUCCAACCACACAGCAACCUCAUCUUUACUGGAUUGACUAUCUGGCCUCUCUGGCUUCUGUACCAUACGCUGCCCACGGAUACGCCCAAUACUACUGCCUUUCCCUCUUGGACAAGCACCACAACCCCAAUAUCAACCUUGAGCAAGGCAUGAAGCUUCUGGGAAUGUGCACAGAUGAGCUCAAGCGGCGGUUGCCGUUCGAUUACAAGGGUGUUCUUGUAAAGGUCAUCACGAAAGAAGGUGUGAAGGUUGUCGACUUCGAUAAUGACAAGAUCGUUCGGAGUGCUUAA